AAGCCUUUAUUUAUAAAGGCAAAAUUAAUAAAACUUGUUUCAAUUGCUUAGACACAAGAUCAAAAAAGAGAAAAUUAAAAAAACAAUCUUCAUCUGAUAAUAUUGAGUAUGAAAAUGAUGAAUUGGUUUAUGAUCGUGUUUCUUUUACUAAAAUUAUUGAGUAUAUUUCUAAUAAGGAAGCUAAUCUUGGAGUAAAUGAUAUAUUAUCUUUCAAUCUUUAUAUCGAACUUGAUAAUCUUGUAUUGAAUACUGCAUAUCAAGAUGCAAAAAAUACUGUAAAAUUAAUAGUAGACGAAAUUGAAGGAUUUGAUGAAUAUGAUUGA